AUGGACAUGCCCCGGGGCCCGCUUCCCCUCAACGAAGCCGACUUUCUCGACUUCAUCUACAAUUACUUCAAAGCCGAAUACGCCCCUAUCCGAUGGAUCUUCGCCUCCACCGCCGAAGCUGUCCCCCUUCAGCCAAAGCGCUGGCUAGCAAUGGGCGACCAACUCUCUCCUACAUCGUUCCGACCCGCUGACCCAAGGGCCCAUGCCGACCUUCAAUCCCUCGAGUACUGCAUUAGAAAGUGGAAUCUGGACCCUGUGUUUGUGAAGGGUAUCGUGGUGAGAUAUAGUAAAUAUCGGGUUCAUGAACGCCUAGAAAAGAAGUUGUAUGAGCAUUACAGAGGGGAUCUGAUUGUGCGCAAAGCGCUGAAGGAGAAAGCGAUGAUUGACUGUCUUUGGCCGUCCCCAGCGCCGGCUAAUCUUCCCAAGGAGCUGCUACAGCAGGGCGUUCAGGUACGGCAGUGGUACGGGUUCAUGUUUAUGAAAUACUUUUCCAAGCUGAGAGCAGAGGAUGACUUCACGUUUAGACCUGAAGUCGCCCACACGCUAAAGACUGCUGGGACACUUAUGUUGGUUCCAUACGCGGACCACAUCACUGCUGGGCCGGUGGAACCUAUAAAGGCGAUUGUGAGCAGUGGUGCGGGGUUUGUGAAUGCACCCGCAAGUAGGAGGAAUAAAGAGAAUGUGGCGAAAGGGUUCGGGGAGCCAGAUCGCUUCGAGAUCCGUUUUGAUUCUCCAGGGGAGGUGCAGAGUACCGUGGCGAGGAGCGUGAUGCGGCAGUGUCGGUGCUUGAAGUGCGGAACCUUCAGAGACGUGCAGGUCGCUGUGUUGAUCGAUCCGACGCCAGGAGGCGUGGCACCACAGAGCGCGGAGAGGCCGAGUAAUCCGAAUACGUUGGCACCGAGACGGGGUCAUACGAGCAAGGUCAGUCAGAGGUAUACGCCCGGUUACGACAUGCCCGGCGCCCACGAUGCAGCGAGACAAGCAGUCCCCCCACAGAUGGAAGCGCACAAUGCCACUGCAGGCGUCCGGUCGCCAUCACCGGUUCAGAAGAAGCAGUGCCCCGCGUGCACGUUUUUGAACCAUCCUGAACUCACGGCUUGCGAGAUGUGUCAAAACGAGCUCCCAGAGACCUUGACUACGAAACCGCCUAGUCCUGUGCAGCAGAAGACUGCGAAGCCAGCCCAUGCGCACUCGGCGUCUCUGCCAGCAAAUUCCGGAACGGAGGAGAGACCGGGACUGUUGAACAAGGUGAAUAGGUAUAGUCUCGGCCUGGGCUCGACACUUUACUCUAUCUCGCCGUUCGCUGCACAGCAGCAGCAGCCACCAACUCGUAUCAUUUCCCGGCCACAGCAGCCGAUGGAACAGAUUUCCAAGCUCCCGGUCAACGAACCACGCGUCAACGGUCCUCUACCAGGCGAACCACACACAUCACAGGCACCGCAGGCCUCGAACAAGGAAUUAGCUGCCAAUCAGGUACCGGCGUCCAAACAUCGCCGUCGCGAACACCCCAAACCACAAGCACCACCACCGCCUAAGCAAGAGCCUCCCAUACCCCCAAUCUCAUCGCCCAUCGCGCCUGAUCCCGCCCCUCGCACUCCUCCCGAGAACGACCCGCCGCUCCACAACCACCCCGAACUCAACCUUCUCCCGCUAAGUCCUCCUCCGACUUUUGACCUCCGUCCCACGCCCCUAGGUCUCCCGCAGAACCUGAUGGACGACUAUGUCCCCAUUUCCCCGCCUUUGGCGCAUGAUGGGGAGGUGGAAGAUGCAGGGUGGGGAGAGGUUAGUAAGGCAGAAGCGAAGGGAGAUGAGAGUGAGGACGAGGAAGAUGGUUAUAGUGGGGCGAUGGUGGAUCUAGAUGAGGUGGCGAGGGAGGAGAUGGGCGUUUGGGGAGAGCGGGAGGACGAUGAUUAA